AUGCUGCUCCCCCGGCUGCUGGCAUUGGCCGCCUCCCUGGUCCCUGCGACCCUUGCCGUCUUCGCCGACGACGCAUACCAUGUCGACUACCACUUCGCCCUGCUCGGCCAGCCCCAGCAACAGGCCACCUUCUUCCAUCAGCCGCGCGCCGACACGAAAGCCUCGCUGCUCUACACCCUGUCAGACAAGCUCGUCCUUGGCGCCGUGAACCCGAAAGAUGGCUCCGCCGUGUGGCGACAGCCGCUGUCGUCCAGCUCGAGCUCCGUUGAUGGCUUCCUGAGAGCGGGCGAGAACCAGGACAUCGUCGUCAGCGCCGUGGAAGGCCAGGUUUCCGCUUGGGACGCCGCAGACGGAAAGCUCGUCUGGAGCAGCGUCUUCAAUGAUUCCCCCGUGAAGGAUCUCGAGGUCCUAGAGCUCGCCGAUGCUUCGGCGGCCGCGAGCGGCGUGAAGGACGUCAUUGUCCUGUUCGGCGGCAGCAGCUCGACUGUCAGGAGAUUAGACGGCCAGACCGGUGCAGUCAAGUGGGAGCUGGACGACAACAGCGGCGACGUCCCGUUCCAGAUUUCGACUUCUGCCACGGCAAUCUACUCCAUCUCGUUGCACUCGACCAUGCUCGGUGGCCUGAAACUCAAGGUCACCUCCAUCAACCCCCUGACCGGCCAGAAGCUUGACCAGUACACACUCUCGUCUGAGAGCGAUAUCGCGACCACGGACGACAUCCUGUUCGUUGGCGCCAACACCGCCUCGCCGCUGCUCGCUUGGACAGAUAAGACAUUCAAGUCGCUGAAGGUGAACAUCAUCGGAAGCAAGAGCAUCUCUACAUUCAACGUUGAGAACAGCAGUGGGGAGGAUAUCCAGAAGGUUGUCCUCCACGCACCCCACAGCAUCAAUUCCCUGCCGCAUUUCCUGGUUCAUUAUCAGACUGCGGCCAGCCAUUGGGCGGAAGUAUAUCAUGCGGAUUACAAAGCUGGCUCCAUUUCCAAGGCUUACGACCUACCGAAACUGGCUGGCAAGGGAGCGUUCGCGACAAGCACCACAGAUGCAAAUGUUUACUUCACCAGGAUUACGCCCGAGGAAGUGUUCGUAUUGUCGUCCGCCUCCCAUGGAAUUCUUGGGCGCUGGCCUGUCAAGACCCCCAUUAUUGAUGACGCCGUCUACCCUAUCCAUGCCGUUUCCGAGGUGGCCGUUCGCGAUGGCGGCGCAUCGGCCGUGAGGUCCGCUGUGUACCUAUCCAAUGGAAGCUGGGAUCUUUUCCGCAAUGGAGAUUCGACGUGGUCAAGGCCGGAGGUCCUAGCAGGUGCUCUUGGGGCAGUUUGGGUCGACCUCCCGAGUGAGGAAUCCCUGGCCCAGGAACUGGAAAUUGAAACACACCAGAAUGUGCUAGCUGCCUACGUGCACAGGGUAAAAAGACAUCUCAAGGAUUUGGAGCAUCUCCCGGCUUUCCUGCAAACGCUCCCAAAUCGGUUCCUGGCCGAAAGUGCGGAAUCUGAUGUCUUCGAGAAGGCGAGGCGAGACGUUUUUGGACUAAACAAGCCUGUCGUUGUCGCAACCGAAAGCGGCCGUUUUGUGGCUGUCAGCGGAGGUGCAAUCGCCUGGAAUCACGAUAUUUUGGAGCUCCCGUCUGGAGGCAAGGUCGAGGAAGUGGAGCUCAGCGUCAACGCCAAGGGACAGAUUGCCGCCGUUUUCCCGCAGCUCAGUCGACACGUGCUCCUCAACGCAACCUCGGGCCAUCUCAUUCGCAGUGUCCCGUUGCACUUGGCGCUUGAGCUGGACGCUGACGAUACGGUUGACACCGCGGAAAAGUCCGAGGUCUCAUACAAGAUUUCGGAAGGCGAGAUCAAGGGCUUCUGGUCGGGCUCUGAUUUGGCGUGGAGGUUUGCGCCUACAGCUGGAGAGCGCAUCAUCAACGUCACUCCCAGGCCUGCGAAUGAUCCGGUUGCUUCCAUUGGCAAGGUUCUUGGAGAUCGCCGUGUCCUUUACAAGUACCUUAACCCGAACUUGGCCUUAGUGACUGCAGUAGCUGAGCCUGCCGGUGUCUUGUCCGUCUACCUGCUGGACGGCGUAUCCGGCGCUAUCCUGUGGCAGGCGUCUCACGACGGCGUCGACAUCAGCCAGACUAUUGCCAGCGCGUUGUCCGAGAACUGGCUGACGUACUCGUUCACUCUCGGGUCCCUGGAGACACCUUCAAAGGGCCACCAAUUGGUUGUUGCUGAGUUCUUCGAGUCCACGCUGCCUAACGACCGCGGUCCUUUUGGCGCCGCCGCGAACUAUUCCGCAAUUCGGCCCUUCGCCGGGGUGGUCGGCGAAUCCGCCAAGCCGCACGUCCUCUCGCAGACCUAUCACAUUCCGGAGUCCAUCUCCCACAUGGCAGUGACACAGACGGCGCAGGGAAUUACGUCUAAAUGGCUCCUAGUCACCCUUCCAGAAUCGAAUUCGAUCGUUGGAAUCCCCCGUCAAAUCCUGGAUCCACGCCGCCCCGUUGGCCGCGAUCCAACUCCCGAAGAGGCAGCCGAGGGUCUGAUUCGCUAUUCGCCCACCAUAGAGUUCAACCCAAUCCAAUACCUGAACCACAAGAGGGAGGUUCUUGGGGUGAAGGAAGUCAUCACCAGCCCUGCGGUUUUGGAGAGCACCAGCUUGGUUUUCGGAUAUGGACUAGACGUGUUCGGGACGAGGGUGUCGCCUAGUUUUGCAUUUGAUAUUCUGGGCAAGGGGUUCAAUCGCGUGCAGCUACUGACGACGGUUGCGGCGCUCUUUGUGGGCGUGCUUUUCGUGGCGCCUCUGGUGCGCCGGAAACAGAUCAACGCCAGGUGGCAGAUAACGUAA